AUGACAACUUCACCAGCACACAGCACUCAACACACAUCACCGACAUUUUCCACUUUCACUAUGCCCACGGAAAUGGACCAGUUUCCUAGCAACAUGGCCCGCAAGCCGCUGACUGAGGUCCAGAAAAACGACCUCAUUGAAAACCUACAGCUCGAACGUGAGUAUAGGGACUCCAUUCAGAGGGCACAACAUACAAACAGACUCGGUAUUAACACAGUCACCAACAGAAUCGAGCGACUCAAGUCGCAAUAUCAAUUUGCUGCGCAGGCGGUUCGCGCCAAAAUUGAAAUCAGAAAGACCCGCGUGCCCAAACGGUACUGGAACAAGACUUUACGGGAGGUCCAAGCUCUGCAGGAUGGAGCCCUCAAGGACAGAAAGCCAAACAAGUUGAAUUUCGGCCAGGGAUUCCACAACAUUCCCAAGUUCACAAUUCCCCAUGAGUGA